UUGUUUUUGUGUUGCAGUUUAUGUUUGCAUUUAUUUACUUUUAUGUUUUGGUAGAAAAUUUCCGUGCCUUGUGCACCGGCGAGAAAGGAUUCGGCUACAAAGGUUCCAGCUUCCACCGCGUCAUCCCAAAGUUCAUGUGCCAGGGCGGAGACUUCACCAACCAUGACGGCACCGGGGGCAAAUCCAUCUACGGCGACAAGUUUCCUGACGAGAACUUCCAGCUGAAGCACAAAGGAAUGGGGACGCUGUCCAUGGCGAACGCAGGGCGCAACACCAACGGCUCCCAGUUCUUCAUCUGCACGGCUUCCACUGACUGGCUGAACGGGAAGCACGUUGUGUUUGGCAGCGUUGUGGAGGGAAUCGACGUUGUCAAGGCGAUAGAGAAGCAAGGCACAAAGAACGGCACCCCUAAAGCCAAGGUUGUCAUUGCUGAUUGUGGCGAGCUAAAAUAGAUCAGGGCGGCUGUCCAGCUCUCUCCAUGUAGACCCGAUGGGUGAACCCGAGUGAAAACCUGUUGUACUCCUUGUCUACUGUGUUCAAAUUACAGCUUUGGAGUUUAUGUAACCUCUCCCUGGUAAAAAGUAUUGGUUAUGUACAUGGAUAAUACUGAUGGUGUUAAUAAAGGCUAGAAA